AGACCAAAACUGUGAGCGCCAAUGUUGCCCCCAGUAUGUGGACACAGCCUAACCGCACUGUGUUCGUCCAGAUCUCAUUUUUUAGUUUUUUUUAAGGUCUGCUGAUGUUCUACUUCACUGCUCGCUUUUCGCAAGCUUUGCCCGUGUGACUUUCCAAUAUCAAAAUGAACUUUCCAGCUUUAAAGAAUGACAGGCUUUUAAGAGCAGCUCGUGGUGAGGAAGUGGACAAGAUUCCAGUAUGGAUAAUGAGACAGGCAGGCAGAUAUCUCCCAGAAUUUCGUGAUCUUCGUCAAAAGUAUGACUUUUUCACGAUGUGUCAAACUCCAGCUCUAGCAGCAGAAGUGUCUAUUCAACCUAUACAGAGAUUUGAUCUUGAUGCAUGCAUAAUAUUUUCUGAUAUCUUGGUAAUUCCUCAAGCUUUAGGAGUGCAUGUUGAAAUGAAACCUAGUGUGGGCCCCGUUUUGGAACCUCUGGUUGAACCCGAAGACAUUACCAAACUUGAAGUGCCAGUUAAUGUAAAUGAGAAACUUGGCUACGUUGCAGAAGCAAUCACACUGACGCGUCACAAGUUGGAAGGAAAAGUUCCUCUUAUCGGCUUUUCUGGGGCCCCUUGGACUUUGAUGGCAUACAUGAUUGAAGGUGGUGGAUCAAAGACACUUUCAAAGGCAAAAGCGUGGUUAUAUAAAUAUCCAGAUGCCAGCAAGAAAUUAUUAACUAUCUUAACUGAUGCUGUUGUUGAUUAUAUGAUAAUGCAGGCUGCUGCUGGUGCUCAGUUGUUGCAACUCUUUGAAUCAAAUGCUGAAUACCUAGGUCCUGACCUGUUCUGUAAAUUUGCUCUUCCUUAUAUUCGUGAUAUCUGUAAAAGAGUAAAAACUGGCUGUUCUAGUGUUGGUGUAGGCAACAUUCCAAUGACAAUAUUUGCUAAAGGUGCACAUUAUGCUCUGGAGGAGCUUUCUGGAAGUGGUUAUGAUGUGGUAGGUAUCGAUUGGACUGUAGAUCCCACGGAGGCAAGAAACAGAACAGGGGGAACUGUAACACUCCAAGGGAAUUUGGAUCCAUGUGCUCUAUAUUCCCCUCCAGAACAGCUGAAAAGACUGGCAUCAGAAAUGGUACAAAAUUUUGGGAAGACUAAAUAUAUAGCAAAUCUUGGGCAUGGAAUAUAUCCUGAUGUUGAUCCAGCACAUGUAAAGAUUUUAAUAGAUGCGAUACAUGAUGUGAAGUAAGAACUGUCAUGGACUUAAUAUAAUUGAACUUUAAGGUGAAGCUGUAUCAUACAGUUUUGUAUUUUGGAUGUUCAUUUAUUAAAAUAAAUGUACCAGAAAUAUUUCUCUGAGGUCAAAAUUAACCAAAAAAAAUGGUUUAACCCUUGAGUAGGUGCGGCUGUGUAUAAAGUGCGCCCACCACAAAUAAAAUUGUUUUGCACCGUU